GGCCACCAGGCCGGGGGUCCUGCCCGGGCGGGGGUCCUGCCGGCCCCGUACCCCGCAGCACCCGGCCCCGGAGGAGGACAUGCAGGGACGCAGGCAGGGCUCCGGCGACGGCAUCGCGCGGCUGCAGCACCAGCUCGGGGAUCUCACGCAGGAGAACGAGCAGCUGCGCUUCACCCUGCUCGAGGCCGAGACCAGCGUCUCCCAGCUGCAGGCGGAGCUGGAGCAGCUGCGCAGGGACCUCUCUGAGCAGGCCAAGCAGCAGAAGAGGGAGCAGCUGAUGCUGAGGGAGGUGGCCGAGGAGAACCUGGCCUUCACCAGCUACGUCAGGACGCUGCAAGCCACUAACAGGAGCCUGUACGAGAGCAACAGCUGCCUGCGCUGGGCGCUGCGGCUUGGCCCGGACGGCAGCCCGAGGGAGUUGUCACCCCCUGCCCGACACCACAGUCCUCUCGCUGCGCCCUUGCGUGGCCCGCUGGAGGGCACCGACGGCAGGUACCCGGGGGGCACCUCGCCCAGCCCGCUGCUCCCCACUGCGGCCCCCCAGGCGGGCAGAGACCCGGCUCGCAGCAGCCCCGGCCUCGGGCGGCAGCAGAGCUCGGGCUCCAGCACGGACACGGCCUCGUCGCUCAGCGGCGCCGGGAGCGAGAGCUCGGAGGAUGCACCUCCCGCCAGCCCGUGCUCGGACACGGAGCAGGCACCCGCCCCCCAGCCAGGCGAGGCAGAGGGACCCUGCCACCCCGCAAGGCACUCCAGCAAGAGGAGGCUUCCUGCCUUCGCACCAAAGGCACCAGAAGCUGCAGAGGAACCCGCAGCUCCUUGUCCCGUUUACCGGCUGGUGCUGGCCGGAGACAGCGGCGCUGGGAAGUCCAGCUUCCUACUACGCCUCUGCACGAAUGACUUCAGAGGAGACAUCCCCAGCACGCUAGGGGUGGACUUCCAGGUGAAGCAGCUGCUGGUGGAUGGGGAGCAAACCACCUUACAGAUCUGGGACACAGCUGGGCAGGAGAGAUUCCGGAGCGUUGCCAAGUCCUACUUCCGCAAAGCCCACGGCGUGCUGCUCCUCUACGACAUCAGCUCCGAGAGCAGCUUCCUCAGCGUCCGCCAGUGGAUCGAGGACAUCAAGGGCACCGAGAGCCCACUGCCACUCAUGCUGGUUGGGAACAAGAUUGACCUGCGCCCCGGACUGCCGGAGGCAGGAGGGGUCCACACGACCCACGGGGAGAAGCUGGCCAUGGCCCAUUCAGCCCUGUUCUGCGAGACCAGCGCUAAGGACGGGACCAACGUGGUGGAGGCCGUGCUGCACCUAGCCCGGGAAGUGAAGAGGACAGCAGCCCUCGGGAAAGGCGACAGCGCCGGACUGGACCUCAGCAUUCCUCCAAGGGCAGCUUUGAGCUGCUGCAGGACCUAGUGCAGGAGACAAGCAGGCUGCUGGGCCUCACAGCCCCACCACAGACAACUACCCGCUCCAUCUGCUCUUACCCUACAGCACUGUCCACACAGUUGCUGUGGAACAGGCAGCUCGCCCCGUUCCAGCUUCCAGACUAGAGGUGUUUUCUCUUCCUUUGUAAGUAAACUUUCACAGCUUGCUGGCUGAAA